AAAUAUUUUAACAGAAACUAGUCGUAGAAGCAUUGGAUAUUGGACCUACUUCUUUUAAGAUGUUUCAAGAAGCAAGGUAAACGCGGGGCGUUUGAUGGAGUUUCGAGAGAUCCUUGCAUUGGCUAAGAAAAAGCAGAGUCGCCAUGAUGACGAGGUAGUUUCUUAUUAGUCUAGUUAUGUACUUAAGGUUAAACGUAUUGAAGAGCAAAAAAAGCAACGUGAUAUUGAGCGGAAAAGACAGUUAGAGAUUGCAGAAAAAAUUAAUCGGAAGUUCAAACUUGAAAUUUCAAAACCACUGCCGGUUAAUAAUAAUGUAAAUAGUAAUGGCUGUAAUAAUGGUUCUAUAUCUUCUGGUGUUUCCCAAAAAAAUAAUAUCGCAACGAAAUCCGAAAGUCGUCUCUCUACUACAACUUCAGCAAAUAAAGUAGAUAAACAACCAUAUUCUAAAGGUACGAAGAAUGGAGAGAACACUGAACAACUACCUAAUAAGUCAAAGCAGAGCAAUGUCACCGAACGCACUGCCGAAAGUAAUGAUUCUAGGAAAAAAGUUGAGGUGCAGCGGAAGCCGAGUCGUCUAUCCUUUGCUGAAAUGAUGGAAUUAGCUAAGAAAAAUGUGCAGCCACAUGUGGCUGAAAAAAGACCGUUCGAUGAUCUUAUCCCAUGUUCCGUGGACUCGAAGUAUCGCAAACUGGAUAGUCAUCCUACAAAUCCUCAACGUGAAACGACAACACUUCCUUCCAACAAGUGUAAGUCGUCACCGGUGAAUGUCAAACAGAAUCCGUCAAAAGUACCUCCUAGUGUGACAUCAACAAAGCCAUGUAAAUCCCCUGGCUUCAGUAAUGAUAACAAUAAGAUAAGCAGAGGAAGCAUAAUGGAAAGGACUGUUCAAUGCUUAGAAAAGAAAAAUCAAAUAUUUGGUGUACCUAGUAAAAAGGACCAGAAACUCCUCGUCUCAAAUGUAAAGAAUCAGCCUUCCACAGCAGUUAAGACUGAGUCAGCAAAAGCACCCAAAGUUAAUUUGCCUAAAGAAACUAAGUUACAACCCAAAGGUCCCAAUUGUGUAAAGUCAGUCAAUGUCCUAAAAUCAAAAACGGAGGUAUUUAGCAAAGCUAAACCAUCAGGUACAAACGUUAUCAAACAGGGCACUGAAAAAGCGUAUGAUAAGUUAAAAGCGCCAUCGUCAAAACCCAUUUCUGUGGCAAGUAAAAGUGGCAUUAGGAACCAGCACAGUACUCCACAAAUGCAAAAACCAAGAGAUCAGCCUCAGUGUAAACCCCCUAACGAAACAUUCCAAAGAAGAGGUAUAAGCGCACAAUUAGGUGUCAACUUGCAACCGCAACAUAAUGCCGUAUCUGAUAGUGAAGAGGAGGAUGAUUAUCUCAGUGAUGACAGUUUCAUAGAUGAUAGUGAAGCAUUGCAAUCAAAGGAGUAUGCUCGCGUUGUACGUGAUAUUCAUCGAGCCCUUAAAUUUGAUCCUCGGAAGUACAAAGAUGUCAAUCCAUACGAAGAUUUGCGAUGUAUGGAGGCGAAAUACUGUGAUAUAGAAAAGGAGGAACGUAGAAGUGCACGCUUGGCAGCUCUAGAAGAUAAUGAAGAGCUAAUACGUGAUAUGAUGCGACGGAAAGCGAAGUUGGCCAAAAAGAAACACCAAAUUUCCGACGAUGAUGACUGAUUGUUUGAUUGAUUGAUUGAUUAUUUCUUUUCUACUUUCCAUGUAUCUACCGUUGUCUUUCUAAUAAAUGUCUUAGUAAUAUUUUUUUCUCUAAAUCGCCUUUUUUCAAUAUAACGUUUAAUUUUGAUGUAGAUGUGUUGUUCUCUGAGCUGAAUGGUU